CUUGUACUUGUUUGUAUAUAAAAUGAUGGCAUAUAAGCUGAAGUAGCGCGUUUGCGAUACAGUAGAUUUAAAAUUAAAUGUAUUUGAAUCCCUACCACCGCUUCAACACAAAACCUACAAUGCCACAAGGAAACUGUAACUAGCUAAUGAUGGACAAGAUCACCAGUUCGUCAGAGUUACCAAUCACGACUGAUGCAUUCAUAAAUGUAUCUCACAGUACUUGUACCAAGUUUGAAGGAAAUUUAAGUCCACCAAGUACCCAAGGGAAAGUUCUGGCUAAUUUGGAUCAUGCCAAGCAAAGUGUUCACCCUGAAAUACCUCCAUGGCUGCUUCAUCCUACAUUUCUAAAUCAUUCAUACGCAACGGUAGACGUUCAGACAUACUGUGGAUCCAGGUUAAAGUCUUGUGUUGAGGUGAGUGAGCCGACCAGUUUAAACGAGCUACAACCUGUCCCUGUGAGUCAAGACACGCAACAUCAUGUUGAACACCCUGUGAGUCCUCAGACUAAAGUGUGGUGGCCUGAACCUCAAGUCCAUAUAGAAGUGGAGGUGGAGGAUGCGCCGAAAGAUAAGGAUGUGACUGCCAGGUUCCAUUGCCAAACUUGCGGCAAAGGUUUUCCUUCUGCUUCCUCUCUCCUCGGCCACGAACACAACCAUGUGACGCAGCAGCGGCCGUACGAGUGUGAGACGUGUUUCAAGAAGUUCGCCACCAACUCCCAUCUGACCACUCACAAACGUACACACACUGGGGAGCGCCCUUAUAUUUGUCAGGUGUGCAGAAGAUCAUUUUCCGACAGGUCGGCGUUCGUGAAGCACGAGAGGACUCACGGCCCUGACGGAACGGUCAUAAAAAGGUACAAGUGUGACAUUUGCGGAAGUCAGUUCACGGACAACUGCGGAUUAAAGAAACACAUCAGGAUCCACACAGGCGAGCGACCGUACCAGUGCGACGUCUGUGAAAAAGCCUUCUCCACCAGCUCUACGUUUGUUGCACAUCGAAGGAUACACACCGGCGAGAGACCCUACAAGUGUGAUCAGUGCGGUAAAAUGUUUGUGACAAAAUCUCAUCUGUUGACCCACGGACGAGUGCACAGUGGGGAGAAGCCGUUUGUUUGUUCUGUCUGCAACCGCAAGUUUGCCGACGGCUCGAGUUUUCGACGGCACGAGAGACUUCACACAGGCGAACAACGACACAACUGCCAAGUCUGCGGUAAGGGUUUCCCAGUCAGCGCUUCACUAGAAAAACACAUGCAGCAGAGCCAUACGUACUCGUAGCAGAUGUUGUAGUUAACUUGGUAAAUAAUAUUUGUUUAAGCUAUUUUAUUCAGAUUGAAUGCACUGAUAUAGAAGAUUGUUCAUUUGGCUUAUAAAAUUUGAAAGGAAAUAUUUUAUUAUGAAGUCAAUCAGGAAAAUGGAAAUUCGCUUAGUCAUUUUUAGUAAAUUUUUACCCAUAAUGCUACUUACUGUAUUCCAAAUUAGCAUUACAUUAACUUGGACUCAUUAAAAAAACAUUUUCUUGGGAUGAACUGUUCCCAUUCAUAGUGUGCAAAGUCUUUGGUAAGGCCACUUGAACAAUUAAAAGCGAGCUUAAUAUUUUCAUUUCUAUUUUGAAGUUUAAGAGGCAUAACAAAAUUAAAAUUAAAUGUAUUAUGAAGCUUUAAAUAUGGUGUACAGAGAUAUAAGACUAUAUAAUAAAAAUCAAGGUCUGAGUGUCUUUGUGCAGCAACUUGAUACGUGUGGUUAAAAUACGCAUAUAAGCGGUGUCCCCAUCUCAAUGAUUGAUGAUUGAUUAUAUAGGUAAUGAUAAACAGGAGAUUAUUAUUUAUCUUCAAAUGUAGAAAGAAAAGGCAGACGGAGAGUGAAGUCUUAAAAAUAGCUGAUCAACAUCUGACGAGCAAACAAAAAAUAGUGUAACUAACCUAUGCUCUAGCAUGUUAAACCUGGGAGAAUGGGGAUUUUUAUUUCAUCUCCUCUAUAAUUUGAUUGACCUGGGCCUAUGUUUUUUUUAAGAAGGUUAGCCAAAAAGUAACAUUUGAAAACUGAAGUACCUGAUUUGUUAGAUAUUUACCUACAAAGUUAUAGCAUCACAUUACAGAUCUUUUAAUUUUUUCUGAAACUGUAGCCUGAACGUUUUUUUUAUAAACGUGGACUAUCUAUCAAUAAGUUUAGUGUUAUAAGAUAUAUUAUUUACAAUGCUAUUGAAUUACUCAACUACAGUAUAACUCCAAUUAUCCCAAUUAUCCUAACUCCAACUAUCCAAAUCGCUUAUUAAACAAAUUUAAACAACUUUUAAACUACACUAAAGAAGGCUGAAGCCGUGAUCGUAGCAAUACGAAC